AGUAAAGUGUGCUGCUUACCCUCUGAACCUCUCCCGACUCAACCCUCCCCUCCCAAUGUCCCAGGGAUCAAUAGUAGAGGGUUUCCUGGCAUGUGGAAACCCUGUGGGGCUGUGUCACUUUUGGCCCUAUGUGGAAUCCUGCAAGGUGUUCACUGGAGCGUUGCAUCCUGGGAGCUUUAGAGGAAUCCAGAGUUCAGGGCUGUGGCUGCUGUCUACAUAUCAAGAGGCUGCUUGCCAGUAGCUAUUGUACGGCUCUUCAUUGUCUCUCCUGUUCCAGGAACAGCUCAGUCUAGAAGGCAGAAGAUGCCAUACUCCAGCCUGCAUCCAUCAGUCCCACAUCCCAGAGGUCACCGCUCCAAACAGGCAGCCUUAGUCUUCCUGGCGGCCAGCCUGGUGACCCUUUGGGUGUUAGGGGAGUCUCCAGGUCACAUUCUGCAGUACCUGGUUCUCCACCUAGCCUCCCUACAACUUGGACUGCUGUUGAAAGAGGCCUGCUGUUUCGCUGAAGAGCUGCACCAUGUCCACUCCAGGUACCAGGGCAGCUACUGGAAGGCUGUACAUGCCUGUCUGGGCUGCCCCCUCCUCCGAGUGGCCCUGCUGCUACUGUCCUUCUAUUUCUACUGCUUCCUCCCAAGUACUACUGGCCUCCCUCUCAGUUGGAUGCUUGCCCUCCUGGGCCUUUCACAGUCCCUGAGCAUCCUCCUGGGCCUCCAGAGCCUGACCCCAGCGGAAGUCUCCGCAGUCUGUGAAGAAAAGAACCUCAAUGUUGCCCAUGGGCUGGCCUGGUCAUACUACAUUGGAUACCUGCGGCUGAUCUUGCCAGGGCUCCAGGCCCGGAUCCGAAGGUUCAAUCAGCUGCACAACAACUUGCUGUGGGGCGCAGGGAGUAGGAAGCUGUACAUCCUCCUCCCGCUGGACUGUGCCGUGCUUGACGACCUGAGCGUGGCGGACCCCAACAUUCGCUUCCGGGACAUGCUGCCCCAGCAGAGCAUAGACCGUGCUGGCACCAAGAAUCGGGUUUAUUCCAACAGUGUUUAUGAGCUUCUGGAGAAUGGGCAACCAGCAGGCACCUGUAUCCUGGAGUAUGCCACCCCCUUGCAGACCUUGUUUGUCAUGUCACGGGAUGGGAAAGCUGGCUUCAGUCGGGAGGAUCGGCUUGAGCAGGCCAAACUCUUCUGCCGGACACUUGAGGACAUCCUGGCCGAUUUCCCUGAGUCUCGAAAUACCUGCCGCCUCAUUGUCUACCAAGAUCCUGCAGAGGGAAACAGUUUCUCACUGUCUCAGGAGGUUCUCCGACACAUUCGUCAGGAAGAAAAGGAGGAGGUCCCCAUGAAUGGCCCCGAGUCCUCAGGGGAGCCUUGUUCCUCCAUGCUGUCCCAAGAGCCGAGGCUCCUCAUCAGUGAUAUGGGGCAGCUUCUCCCACUCCGCACUGACCUCAUCUGAGGCACGGGACAGCCUUGCCUGAGCUUCUUCAGCCUCCUGACUGGGUCUUCUUUCAAUGGCCGGGAGCCUCACAGGGAUUUCACAUCUCCAGAUGAGUCCCACAUUCUCCGGCAAGCCAUUUCACCUCUCUGAGUCUCAGCCUACCCCACUGUGAAGUGGGAUCAUAAUGUAUACCUUGCCCUCCUUCUAGGGUUUUUGUGAGGACUAUAUGUGUAGAGGUUUGGUGUCAGUUCCUGGCAAACUUAAGAGAUAGGGCAAGUAUUUCCCGUGAUGCCUUAGGCAUUCUCUGUUCUUCCUUGACCUGCCUAAGUGGUACCAGCAGACCUCUGACCCUCCAGCUUCUGGUCAUGUGUGUUCAAUGGGAGCUUCCAUAGGUGGAGAGAGGGAGAAGGCCGAGUCAGGAGUGUUUGUUCUGUUGCAGUCACAGUGGGCUAUCCUGCUGGGCUGCCUUCUCAGUAAACAUGGCUAUUCUCAGGUUUCUAAAAUGGCCUCGUCUGCUUCCCCCUAGCACUGGUAUAUGUGUGGCACUGAGGUACUUUAUAGCAUGUCCUUUGUACAUGUCCUUUUUUUUUUGUCAAAAAAGUUUAAUAAAAUUUAU